UUUGUUUUCUGACUCUUUCUAUGAUGGUUAUUAUUCUUACGAGCGGAGGAGAUCCUUGUUCUCUGAUGUCUACACGGUUUGCUUUUGGACGUGUGGUUCCAUCAAUGUCGGCUUCGAUACGGCGCGAAACUUCCCUUGGCAUGGCAGAUCCUUUAGAGUUUUGUUCGACGAUCAUCUAUCGACCUGAGAUUUCGGGGAGAUCUUCUCCUGUUAAGACCAUUGAUUAUAAAUCCUGGGGCUGCUAUCGUUCUUUCCCACAAUCACACCAUUGAAAGCCUAAUCGUUGUGACUCCUUCUGAGAUCACUAUGUCUUCAUGUGUUCUGGAUUUGGUUUUGAAAAACUGGACAAAGAUCUUUGCCUAUCUUCCUACCCUUUGUUUGACCCUUUUGCUUGAUAGAGCAAAAGAGGCGGCUGAUAUUUGAUUGGUCGUGUGCACACGACCCUGAACCAUAUUCUAAGGAAAGCCGAUUCCACGAUGUGUGAUGUGCUUCAUGUUAUGUGGUAUCCCAUGUUUUGCUGUCUUUUCCAUAUGCCGGAAGAAGUUGGGAGUAACAGAGUUACAUGGACAAGUGUGCGGACAGUCCUUGGAGUAUAUUUUUAACGGCUCAAAAUUGAGACGAUUCUGAUUUUUUGUGCUGUUAGUGCGAGAAAAUGCUUUAUAAACCUUUGGUCAUACGCACCCAUGUUUGUCUGUUGCUUUUUCGCUUGAUCGGAUUUUCGGAGGCCGGUUACUGCAAUAUGGAAUUCAGUCAGUAUGUUUAGAAUAUCAUCCUGAUCAGAAGAUGCUAUAUUUCUUAUAGAAAAAGGGAGGACAUUUAAAGGAAGUAUGCGGACAUCCUAAACCUCGGUGUCAAGUGUGCUAGGAGUGCCAACAAAUCCAAGUCUCGUGCUGUAUUUGAUAUUUCUUGGGUGGUAUUGCAUUCUUUGGAGGAAGCAUGAUGAGCACUGACGGUGUAGAGCUUACGAGGACCAUCAAUGCUAGUCUUCCUUGGAAAAUGGUGGCUAAAGGGAGCAGGAGCUCAACAAGACGUAAUAAGAAACCGGUUUCCCGAGUUGCAGCCUUGGGAGUUGAGGCAGCAGGCUCAGUGGUGGAAGGUGUUUCAGAAUCUGAGAAGCUUGGGGUUGCGGUUCUAGGCCAGCAUUUUGCAGAAAAAGUAGAGCAUGUCCCGAUAAAAAAACGGAGGUUUAUCGUUCGCUCUCCAUCACCUUCGAAUAAGUCCUCUUCUCGACGUGAAGGCUUAGAACGUUGUGCACAGAUCAACCAAGCAUUGCGUGUUGCUAGGUUAAACCCUAAUCUGAUUUAUGGAAGAAGAUCGGAAGUUUUUAGUGAAAAGCCCGACUGCAAUAGUCAUGACUUCUCUGGAAUCGAGAUACUUGCUGAUGUUGCUUGCAGUAGUGAUAUAUCGACAGCUCGGGAUGAUCCGUUUGUUGAAGAACCUGCUGAACAAGGAAAUCCCUCGAUAUUAUCUGUCCAUGUGGAAGGCGAUGCUUCAUCAGAUGCGACUGUUACCAUCUUCCAGGAAGACACUGUUCACGAAUCUAGAGACCAGGCUGCGGAAGACAAGAGUGAAAUUGUAAUGCCUCAAAGAAGUUCAGUUGAUGUUUUGGAUCAUGACUCUGUCGAUGUCCACAGAGGAGAGCAAAGCAGAGUGCUUUCUGGAGAGAUGGUGUAUCAAAACAACAGUGUUGCUGUUUCCAAUGAAUCCUCAACAGAAAGGCAAGAGGAGAAUGAAGCUGAUGAAAGCGAAAAGCUUGCACCACAGAACCAUACUGUGGGAGUGUCAGAGAAAACAGCUACCGACCAGAGAGCAGAAAAGUCAAAAGACGGUCGGUUGUAUUGGGAUUUGAAUCUGUCCAUGGAUGCUUGGGGUCAACCUUGUGAUGCAGAGGGAGAAGUCACAGAGACUGUUUCCCCUAUGGAGACUGAACCUACCAACAGUAGCAAAGGCCAUGUGGGUGCGGUGAUUUCAUCUGAUGGGCAUCUGAACAUCCCAUCAUCGCCUUUUGGGUCUAAUGCUGAAGCAGCUGCUAAAAACGACGAGUCCCAAUCUGGUUGUGAUUCCCAGUUUGAGGAUGGGGAGUUGAGGGAGCCAUAUCCUUGUUGGGAAGAAAACGAGGGUGAUGCCGGAGAGGUUGAACAGGUGGAUUAUGGGUCUGAACCUGAGGGUGAAAGAUUCGACCUUUUGGGUGAAGUCGAUGAAAGUAAACUGGAUGGUGUUGACAAGAGAAUCGUGACAGGGACGAAUUCAAGACCCGUAAAUUCUGAAUCUCGAGAUCCACCAAGGACCAUAGAGACUAAUGAAGGAAGUGAUGUAGAGAAGCAUGUAGUGGUGUGCUUGAAUGAUUCUCAUGUGAAAGGUGGCUCUUCUCCUUUCGGGAGAUUUUCUUCAAAACCAUUCAAGGGGUUGCCUUCGCAUGAUAAGAUUUGGCGGAGAAGGUACGAUAAUUACGAAGAUUCCAAUGAGAGGGAUAAUGGAUCAGACAAGUUUGUGGGAAGGUUCAGAUCUGGGAUGCAUAUGAAGUGCCGGAGCCCCGGGAGAGGGCAUUUCAGUCGAUGGGAUUCCCGACGCCGUCUUUCCCCUACAUACUACGAAGGCAGUUCUUACAGUUUUGGGAAUCCCCGGCCAAAAAGCAUGGUGGAGGGCCGAGAUCUGAUGAACGCCUUUGAUCAGCCAGGGCCAGGGCCAGGACCAGAGGGGUAUGUACGUAGGCAGGUUUCGGGUGGGGUUUAUAGGGGUCGUCAGUUCCAGAGACGGCUCCCCGACGGUGGAGAUCGUGACUUGAGAGGAGUGGUUCGAGGCUUUCCCAACGAGUACUCUGGUCGGGUGAACCGUCGGAUCGUUGGUAGUAAGAGAGAGAGGAGCAACUCUCCCGUCUACAGGAGAUUGCACUACCCUCAACCCUACGGUAGAUCUUGGUCGAUAUCGAGAAGCCGUUCGCCGGUCUCAUCAUGGAACAAUCGGAACAGAUCUCCUCCCGGAUUCAGAGCUGAUGAUCGGAUGCCGUUCCAGAGGCGAUUUCCAUCCGACCACCAAGAGACAGGGUUCUUGUCUCCGCAAAGAAAUCGGAUGUCUCCGCCUCCACCACGUAAUUCGAGGUUCUUCGAGGGAAGGGGCAACGACCAGGGAAACAAUAUCAGGGAAAGGAGAUCGCCGGGAAGGAUGCGUAGAUUGGAUAAUGGAGGGACAUCCAUGAGAAGGGAACAUCAUCAUCAUCACCUCAGGCCAAUGAUGAGACAGAAAAGGUUGGAGGAAGAGGGACAAAGGCGGAGGAGAGAUAGCAACAACGUUACCCAAAGACAGCUGACCGUAACAUCCGACGGUUCAGGUUUAACGGAGAACAAGAGUCUGCGUCUGUGGUCGUCACAGACACAGACAGCAACUGGUCGCCAUGAAUCAUAACCAUUGAUGACGUUUCUUUUGUUGGUUUCUUUCCUUGCUUUUGGUUGGGGGUUUAACUAAGUAAACAAUAGAAGCAGAAUCAUAAGAAGAGAGGGGUUGGUGCCAUUGGCUUUGGGGCAUUUGGUCGUAAUGCCCGCCCAUUGGUUGGUUUUGAGCAGUAGAGGAGUUCCUUUUUUUUUUCUUUCUAGGCCAAAGGUUUGUCCUUUUUUUUAAAAAAAACAACUUUGUUUCUUUUUAGAUUCUCACAGUCCCUUUUUUACGUGAAAGGAUUCCAUCGUA